AUGAGAUACUCUUUGGUAUUGACAGCUCUGGUAGCUGCCUCUGUUACUGCUAGAGCAUCUCCUUUAGAGAAAAGGAGGACUUUUUCAAAUGCCACUACGGCAGAGUACAUUUCUGAUGUUAAUGGCCAUCUCAGUGCUAUAACUACUACUACGUUGUCCCCCAGUUCCGCUGAUGAAGACAUACAUAAUACCCUAUACACAAGUGUUUCUACUACUAGUAUAGUUAGUAGUAGUCAUCAACACAGUCAUCAGCACAAAUCAGGCGAUGGAAACUCUGUUACUCAGUCCGAUAUUUCAACAUCUACCGAUACAAAAGGAAACUGGUGGGAUGAUCUAUUAGGAGGGAAACAAACCUCUUCUAAAAUGUCUUCGAACACUAUGUCUUCUAUAACUUCAACGGAAGCCAGCACAUGGCAAACUACAGAUACUUCUGUAUCUUCGGAUAAAUCUAUCGCAGCAACUAUUUCAGGACCAUCCGUCAGUGCUGUGUUAUCGAGCUCUAGUGUCUUAGAUAGGGUUUCUAUAUCGACCUCAAAUGCCGUUUCAUCCGCUGGAAGUGUUUCAUCAGUAGGAAGUGACUCUGCUACUCUCUCUACUCCAGUUUUAAAAGUCCUUUCUUCUACCUCCACCUCUCCUACUUCUUCCACUUCUUCCGCUUCUUCCACUUCUUCCGCUUCUUCCACUUCUUCCACUUCUUCCACUUCUUCCACUUCUUCCAUUUCUCACACAGAAACGUCUUCCCAACCAUCAUCAACGUCCACUUAUGAAGCCAGCUCUGAAACAACUUCUUCUGAGCAGAGUUCUAUUCCAACAGGGACUUCUUCCGCGAUAACAAGUCUUUCUACUUCUCAAGUUUCUAUCACCUAUGAAUCGUCCGACCAACAGUCCAUUACUGUAAGUACAAUCCCGUCCAACGUUCCCUCUAGCGAUUCUUCCAUUCCCUCAACUUCGGCGGUCACAACACCUGAAACUUCAAGUAUAAUAGAAACCAUAAGUGCCGAACAAAGUUCUAUCUCCACAGAUCAUACUUCUACUGAGAGUGUCACCAUUGUUACUUCGUCCUCAUCUGAUUUUGUGAUUACCUCAUCUUCUCAAUAUUUUCCUCCUGAAUCAACUCUUCAGUCUUCUGCAAUUGUAUCUACACCUGUAUUGGUAGUGUCAACUUCUUCUUCUUCUUCUUCUUCUUCUUCUUCUUCUUCUUCUUCUUCUUCUACUCUCAUACAUAUAUCUUCCACAGAGAUUCUAAACUCGAACGUUAUAUUAUCCUCCACUGAGACCUCUUCUACUCAAACAAGCGAAUCAUCUUCUUCUACUACCACAGAGCCAAUUUCAACUGUUGCUAUCAGUAUAUCUUCUACCUCACCAUCGGAACAAACAUAUGGCGUUCCAGCUAUCAGUACUCAGAUAACCUCAUCCAGCAUUAUUUUAACUUCUUCGACACCUCUUACCUCGCCAUUGAGUAAUGCAACUAAAUCUUCCGUCAACGACAUGACUUCUUCAGAGGCAGCAUCUGAUAUUUAUACAAACGAUGUCACAAGUUCAAUGACUUCAGUUGUGCCUUCCGCUGUAACAGAGUCUACAAUCUCUGAAUUAUCAACAGGUUCAGUCCCUUCUUCUACUUCCACUACAAAGACACUACCUUUGUUAACCACCUCAGAGUCACAAUCUACAGAACAAACUACUGUCUUGCCGGCAAGCAACGUACCUGUCAGUUCGUCUAUUACUUUGGUUACAUCUGCUACCACAACUUCUCACUCCAAUCCAAAUUGGUGGGUUGCAAGUGAUCUUAUGACUGCCUCUGAGGAGGCUUCUACCACCACUCGGGCGUCAGCCACUACAGCCACAGGGUCUCUUCCUCAGGCUAUUGCGGCUCCAACUGAAGUAACUGCUCCGGAUGACUAUUCAUUGAUCACCAUUGGAUUCAAGAAAGCUUUGAAUUAUGAAUUCGUCGUUAACACACCGGAAUCCUCAGCCCAACUUUUCUCUUAUUUGCCUAUUGCCUUAAAUACCCCAUUCAAUAAUUCAUUUACCAACAUAAGUGUUUACCAAAUUGUACCACUUGUUGAAAGCUCUUUAAACUACUAUAUCACAGUCGCAGAAGUUUAUUUCCCAGAACAAGAAAUUGCAAGCUUACAGCAAAUGAUUAAAGAUAAUUCAAGUGCACUCUUUACUGAAAAUGUUGGUGCACCAAAAACUCUGGUUAGUUUGAUUGAUCCUUCUAUCCCACUAGUUGGAUUGCUCUCUUCUACAACUUCAAAUUCAAGUACUUCAGCAACUGGCUCCUCAGCAUCUACCACAAAUUCUGGUCAAGUGAACUCAGGAUCUAAUUCAGAUUCAGAUUCUUCAAGUGGCAAAGGUUCUGUAAGUUCUAACGACAUUGGUUCUUUAGAUUACUCGGAGAAAUCAACAUCAGCAGCAGCAGGAAAAACGACAAGUAAUAGAAAGCUUAUUAUAUUGAUUGUUUGCGUUGUCAUCGGUGGUUUACUCUUUAUUACUUUGACUGCUUAUAUAUUACACGUAAGGAUCACUGUUUUCAAAGACCAAAAGAGAAAAGCAGCAAAUAUGUCUUUCGAUGUUUUAUCAACAACCGAUUCAUCUGGUGGUUCAGUUUACAAUGAAAAAGAGAAGCUCAACGACAAUGAAAGUGUUGUUUCGGACAAGAUUAAUGCCUGGAUGAAUAAUGCACAUUUUGAAAAUGCAGCAUACUACGCAAAUAAUACCAAUAAUGAUGGUGCUGCAAACGGUGAGGAAAUUGAUGUUGCUAAUGUUGGAGUAAGAGUUAAUGGUGGAAUCAAGAUUAUUUCAAGACCUAUCGCUACAUCCAAUUCAUUGGGCUGGAACGAGAUUUAA